AUGGAAGAUCCCCAGGCCAUCUCCGACCACUUUCUCAAGUCGCAGCCUGAAAACUGGGCUGCCACCAUGAAGACGAAUGUCGGCAGCAUCUACUGGAUGUCUAUGACCUUCUUGCCCCUACUUGCCAAGGGUGGCAAAGUCACACCCGGUUACUCAUCUCAGAUCAUAAACGUCAGCAGUAUCUCUGGAUACAUGAAGGGGUCCAGCUCCGGUCAGUUCGCCUACGCAUCGAGCAAGGCCGCGGCCACCCACCUUGGCAGGAUGCUGGCAACGACAUUCAUGGGUACUAAAGUCCGCGUCAACACCAUUGCGCCUGGUGUCUUCCCGAGUGAGAUGACUACAGGAUCUUCGGAUGAAGACAACAAGAGCGUAAUCAAGAGUGAGAUGUCGAACCCGGCCGGUCGUCCUGGAAAGGACACCGACAUGGCUGCGACUGUACUCUUCCUAGCUGGACCAGGAGGUGUCUUCUACAAUGAGCAAGUAUUGUAUCCAGACGGUGGUAACACGCUUUCGCAACCUGCUGCUCGAGCUUAG